UUUAUGUCGCUAUUUUCUCAGCGAGUUGUUAUUACGUAGGUAUCUAGAAAGCAUUCCCAAUCUACCAUUAAUUGCUUUCAAUGAAAUAUUUAAUGUCUGAUAAUUUCUUAGUACCUCCCUACUAACAUUUUCUUCCAGCCUACCGCCUCGUCUUAAACCGUACUGUUGUGGAAGCGUGACAGCACUUCACGUCGAAUAGCGGCGUCUCUCUUCCACAACUUCAAUUUAUUACAGUUGGGUAUUGGUUCUGAUAUCCGAUAAAAAGCAAGUUGAAACGGUACCGCAACUCGUUAGCGACGGAACUCAGUUUAAUAGUAUAACAAUUAGAAAUCGGACUUGAACAAGUAUGUACUAGGACUACUUUUAUAUCGAUAAACAAGCUUCAAACGCGGCUAUGCUUUAUUUUCUGAAAAUUAAUCCGUUUUUAUGAUCCUAAACAGUAGUACCGCUCCAAGAUCUAUUGAAAUUUUAAUUUUAUUAAUUACUUUUGGUAAUAGAAAGAUCACAAUCAAGAUGACUGAAGCAGCACUAAUUACUGUAGAUAUUUGUUGUAGUUGGGAAAGGAAGACGAGGACACUGGAGUAAAGUGGGGCCUCUUCUCUUUCUCAUGACAAAAUAGUUUUCAGUAUUUCAUUCGUCGACUCAUGUUUUAUAUUUGAUGACCAGAAGAGUGAUUGAGAUUAUUUGACCGUACAAACUCAUAUUGGUGCAUAUUGGUAACCAAUGUAUAUAUAAAGGAGUUCCCAUGAAUUACCACAUAUGUUCUGUCGGCGUGAGAAAUUCGGAAAAAAAUAAUAAAUAUAAAAUCAACAAACAAACAUAAAAAUAAACGCAAUCUUUCUUAAACAAAGAACGGCUUACGUGGCCAGAACCCCCAAUUAGCGAAUGCAAUCGUGUACUAUAAAAUGAAAAUCAAAACAAAACGCACGCGGCAGUUGGAACGAGCGAAAAUGCAGAACAGAAUAAGCAACAUUUAUACUUGUAUUCUAUUCAUAGUUUUCUCUUCAGCGUUUUACCUCACGAUAUCCUUCACGCCCCUGACGAAGGAGGAGCAAAUGCAGCGGUACAACAAGAUGACGGACGACGUGGAACCAUUUAGGAAGAACUUGACUGAAUGCGCGCGCCAAGUCAAGGCAUCCAUGGUGGACGUAGAGAACUUCUUGAAGCGGAUCCCCCAAGCAUCGCUACAAGGGAAAUGCUUCGUCGCGUGCAUAUUGAAGCGGAACGCAAUCAUUAAGAAUAACAAAAUCAGUAAGGAGCAGUUGUUGGAAGCUAAUAGGGCGGUGUAUGGGGAAGACAGUGAGGUGAUGGCGCGGCUUAAGACGGCUAUUGCUGAAUGUUCGAAGGCAGUCGCGGGUAUCUUCGAGAUUUGUGAGUACGCGUCGGUGUUUAAUGACUGCAUGCAUAUGAAGAUGGAGCAUAUAUUGGACCAGGUGACUAUGGAGAGACGGAUGGAGGCCUUAGGGCAGAUGACGUCGGACCCUGACCAAUGGGGCGCUGAGGAAGACGAGAUUCUGAAGCUGGUUAAGGACGAACUUUAAUGUGUAUUCAAUGUUACUAAAGCGGUAAAUAAAGUUUAUGUUGUUCGUACUCCCUUUUAAUGGUAAAAUAGGCAAACAGGUUUGAUCGAAAAAAAAAAAUAUGCCGUUUAUUUACCUGCUCAUGUCCUUUGAAAAUAGGGAAUCGGGUAUGAUUCUGCUCUAUCUACAAUAUCAUAUGUAUUUUGUAUCUACACAUUUAAAUUUAAACGUGAAUAUUUACCCCUUGAAUUAUGGUAAAGCUAUAGGUAUUAAGUUCUGCACAUAUUAGCACUUACACCAGUCACCAAACUAGUCAAGGUCCUUUUUCGUAACUAAUUACCAAGUUGACAACCAAAAUAAAACCACUUAUGUUAUGAA